AUGUCGGCGAGACCAGAAGAACAGCAAUCCUCCGGGAGCGCUUCGUCCAAGUCCAACACGCCCGCGCCCUCCACCGGCGCCAACAGCAACACUUCACAGUCGACGGCUGCUUCGGCCGCCGCCGCCAGCUCUUCUUCCGAUGAUAACCUCAUCUGCAAGUGGAACUCGUGCAACCUCAAGUUCGUCACGCCAGAGGCUCUCUACGAGCAUCUCUGUGAGCGUCAUGUCGGCCGCAAGAGCACCAACAACCUCAACCUGACGUGCCAGUGGAACUCGUGCCGCACCACCACUGUCAAGCGUGAUCACAUCACCUCGCACAUCCGUGUCCACGUCCCCCUGAAGCCUCACAAGUGUGAGUUCUGCGGCAAGUCCUUCAAGCGUCCCCAGGACCUGAAGAAGCACGUCAAGACCCAUGCCGACGACUCGGUCCUCGUCCGCUCGCCUCAGGAUCAGGCUGGCAUGAACGGAGCCUAUCGCGCCCAGGCCGGCAAAGCUACUAUGAUCAUAAUGGCCACAUCCGGACUAACUCGGCCGCCUUCCCCCAUCAGGCUCAUGGGCAUGCUAGCUACUAUGGCGGGGGCGCCCCGACACCGUCUCACUCUCUCGGACUGUACUACGCACCUACCCGUGGCCCCGAGUACCUCGGCCACCACGCCGCGGCCGGCGGCUUCGACACUCGCAAGCGCGCCUACGACAUGGUCGAUGACUUCUUCGGUAACGCCAAGCGCCGCCACAUGGAUCCAUCGUCUUACGCCUCAGUCGUCGUCUCUAAAUGCCCUCACGGCGCUCUGCGUCCAGAACGGUGGCUCCAAUGCCUGCUGCGGAGGCACAUGGGGGAAUCCCCAGCACCCUGGGUGUUGGUGUGAGCGCCGGUCCCAGCGCCCCGGGCCUCUCGCCCAGCAGUACUACCUGCCGCCCAUGCCCAACGCCCGCACCAAGAACGACCUCGUCCAGAUCGACCAGAUCCUUGAGCAGAUGCAGAGCACCGUCUACGAGAACGCCAACCAGGCCACCCACGGCAUCCAUGUCCACGGCCAAAACACCUACGAGUACCGCCACAGCCCCUCGCCUCCCGGCAUGGGCCAUCGCGGCAGCCACGGCGCCAUCCCCGUCUCCCAGGACGGCUACGCCGCUGCCUCGGCCGCUCACAUGGCCUCCCCCCUGACCGCCAUCUCUCUCAAGCCUUCGUCCUCUGGCAUGUCUCCGCAAUCUCGCCACAGCACCACCUCGUCUGUCAUGUACCCCAACCUGCCCGCCGUCAGCUCUGUCUUCCCCGGCCAGUCCACCACCUCGACUCUGGGAACCAACUUUGACAACAACGAGCGCCGCAACUACGGCGGCGGCAUGCUUCAGCGUGCCAACCCUGCCCCGGAAGCUCGUCGUCGCUCCGACACCCCCACUGCCACCCAGAUCAAGUCUGAGAGCACCCCAACCCCCUCCGUCGGCUCCCCCUCGUCCGAGUCGGAGAUGAGCGACGGCGCCCGCGAGCGUGAGGAGAAGUACGACCAGUGGCUCGAGAAUAUGCGCACUAUUGAGGCUUUGCGCGAAUACAUUCGCGACCGCAUUGCCCGCAAGGACUUUGACGAGAAGUCCGAGGGCCGCGAAAGCUCCCCUGAUGCCAUGGAUGUCGACUCGCGCAGGACAACACCCGUGCCCACGUCGGCCGUGUCCCCGGCACCAGCGGCGCCUCUGUACCCUGUCCUCCGCAUGUCCAACUAG